UAUCACUUGGAAAGCUACUGAAAACAACUCAGACGAAAUUGAACGAGAAGUGGUUGCAGUACUGAACUUGCAGCAGAUCACAUGGAUGAUAUUGGCGGGAGAGCCGGCUCAGUCAGUUAUUAGGGUAGCUGCAGCUGCAAUAACUGCCACCGCCAGCCAUUCUUCCCCCCAUCCAUCCACCCCGAUUCAUUGCGAAUUCAGUUGCGUCAGUAGUUCGUUGGUUGGCCAGCCUCCAACCCACCGGAAUUCGCAAAUCCGAGCAAGCAGUCUGCUGCUGAUUGCAUCCUCUAAUCUGAUGCUGAUGCGAGCAGUAAUCAACAGCUAUAGUAGAUUCAGUCCACGCGCCCAUUAAAGCCAAGCCAGUAUCUUUGUCCAGGCCUCGCGUUCCUCCUCCGCCUCCUUGUUAGCUACUGCUGAGUGCUCGGCGAUGGCGGGCGUCGGGUCGGCGGUGCGGCGGCUCUACCUCUCCGUUUACAACUGGGCCGUCUUCUUCGGAUGGGCGCAGGUGCUGUACUACGCGGUCACGACGCUGCUGGAGAGCGGCCAUGAGGCCGUCUACGCCGCCGUCGAGCGGCCGCUGCAGUUCGCGCAGACCGCCGCCUUCUUGGAGAUUCUUCAUGGGCUUGUAGGUUUGGUGAGGUCUCCAGUCUCUGCAACUCUUCCACAAAUUGGAUCGAGGUUGUUUCUUACCUGGGGCAUCCUGUGGAGCUUUCCAGAGACACAUUCACAUAUCCUUGUUACUUCCUUGGUCAUAAGCUGGUCCAUCACUGAGAUCAUUAGAUAUUCCUUCUUUGGCAUGAAGGAGGCAUUCGGAUUUGCUCCUUCCUGGCUCUUAUGGCUGAGGUAUAGCACCUUUAUGGUAUUGUAUCCUACUGGUAUCAGCAGUGAGGUCGGUUUAAUCUACAUUGCCUUGCCUUACAUGAAGGCAUCAGAGAAAUACUGCCUUAGGAUGCCCAACAAAUGGAACUUCUCCUUUGAUUUCUUCUAUGCAUCCAUCCUUUCUCUCGCCAUCUACGUGCCCGGAUCGCCUCACAUGUUCACCUACAUGCUUGCCCAACGGAAGAAGGCAUUGGCAAAGGCUAAGGCUGCAUAAUGGUGAUGCUCAAGAGCUUUCUUGAAUUUUUCAUGUGUGGCUUAAGGAUCUGCCUAAAUAGCUCAUAUUUGCUACUCUUUUAGUACAAGUCUGUAGAUGAGGAAAUGUUGGAAAGAACUACUAUCUUAAUCCCAGCAUUUGUUGUAACUGUAGUAACUGCCCAUCAUUUGUUGUAACUGUAGUCUUCUACCAAGAAUUGUAUGAUAUUUUACCUGGUUAAAUUAUUGAAUGAUUGAUCCAAAAUUUGCCGGCUUGUUUCAA